UAUUGGGGCAAGAGCACCGUGUACGAGCAGGACGGCAAUGCCGGGUCGUGCGGACACUGGAAUUCGGAUAGCGACUUCGUCGCCGCGCUCGGCAAUGCCUGGAUGAACCACGAGUACAAGGGGCCGCAAUGUGGUCGGCAGAUCGAGGUCAGGCACGUCGGUAGCGAUUACGGAGUGGACGGCGAGGGAAACUCGAUCAUCGUGACGGUCGAGGACACGUGCGAGUCUUGCGACUCAAACCACGUCGAUCUGUCGAUUGCCGCCUGGAACGCCAUAACGAACGACGCGCCGCACGGCCAGUUCCACAUUGAAUGGUAA